CUGUACAAAAAUGAAAACAAAGCGAGUCAACAAUGCAAUCCAUAAACACUUGUUGGAUUUCUCCUGUCCAUUUUCUACAAAUUAAUGCUUCAAAUUUGGAUUUGAAGUCUUCAACUUUAGAAUAUAGGACCAAAAUUCAACCAUGUAGCUCAAAGCCAAAUUCUGCAACUGAUAUUAUUAAUAAUGAGAAUAUAUCUGAAAAGGUUGAAUCUUUACCGUUUCAUGUGAAAUCAAUCACAAGUACUUCAAACCCUUUUGUUAAACACUGCCUUAAGCUUCGCCAGAGUUCCUCUUAUCGCCAUUCUCAUGGUUCUGUUCUUCUUGUUGGCUCUACCCCUAUUAGGGAAAUAUAUUGUUUUCAAGAAAGAGUACAAGAGAGACCUAUUGCAUUAGAAUGCUUACUUGUACUUGAUGAAGCUCCUGUACCCGAUGGCCUAAAUCUUCAAUCAGUUCGCCUUGUCCGCAUCAGCUCAACGGUGAUGAAGAAACUCUCUGGUUUACAGUCCAUUGAUUCUAUUGAAAUGAUUGCGUUAAUGAAAAUACCCUCAACAUUUCACAGCGUUGAUGAUAAGUUUCUAGAGGAAGACUGCACUAGAUGGUUCCAGAAUGCUCAUCGAAUUCUAGUUCUUGAUGGAAUCCAGGACCCUGGUAAUCUUGGCACAUUACUUAGAUCAGCGUUGGCAUUUGGAUGGGGCGGUGCCUUUCUACUACCUGGCUGUUGCGAUCCUUUCAAUGAGAAGGCGCUUAGAGCUAGUCGAGGAGCUUCCUUUCAGCUCCCCUUAGUUUCCGGUGGUUGGCUCCACUUAGAUGCUCUAAGAAACCAUUAUAACAUGAAGAUGCUGGCCGGCCAUCCUGCAAACGAUCAAAGGCCAAGGAGACUUUCUAGGCUCUCACGAGACUUUGCAGAUUCAUUAGCAGAUAAGCCCCUGUGUCUAGUUUUGGGCAGUGAAGGUGGUGGCCUUUCUGAGAAAGCUAAGGAUGCAAGUGAGCUUGUGAGUAUUCCAAUGGCAGGAGAAUUUGAGUCUCUUAAUGUUUCAGUAGCUGGUGGAAUAUUCUUGUACAUGUUACAACCUGAAAACCAUGAAUCUUUAAGCUCUACUUGAAGCAUUGUCAUCUUAUUUCAACCAGCAAGGAUUUUGAAGAAAGCAGACACAAAUAUAAUCACCAAAUUAAAUGACCUAAAGAAGCUUGCCGGUAGAGGUGAAGUCAGAAUUUCAACCUUAUUGAUUUUGGAUUUUGGGACCACGACUUCAAGUAUUAAUGACUGGGUUCUAGA